AUGACGAAGAAUAAUAACCAAUUAGAGAACUCAGAAGGUUCAAAGUACCUGCAAGGUUGCCCAUUGCUAGUACCAUUAUUAGAUGCAAGAGCAAACGAAUAUUGGCUAUUUCAUGGUUCUGAUUCUAAAACACUAUCAACUUUAUUAAAUGCUGGUUAUGACCCUCGAGUGUCAAAUAUAGAUGGAAUGUUUGGAGGUGGAUUUUAUUUAGCAGAAAACUCAAGUAAAUCUAAUCAAUAUAUUCCAUGUCCUAGUUGUGAACGAAAUUGUAUAUUACGUGAACCUCACUGUAAAUGUAAAAAUCAAGAAGAUUUCGAAUUUUCAAUUAUUCUUUAUCGAACAUUAUUAGGAGAUGUGCAUAUAGUAAAACAAUAUAAAAAAGAUAUUUAUCGUGGGACAGAUAAACAGCAUCCUGUACGUCGACCACCAAAUAAACGAAACUCUGAAGAGCUGUAUGACUCUGUAAUGGGGGAAUGUAAAAAAUAUGGUGGAGAUCGAUUAAAUUAUCGUGAAUUUGUUAUAUACGAUAGUGGCCAAGCAUAUCCUGAAUAUUUGAUACAAUUUAAGAGAUCAGCUGAAAGAACAAAGCCAUGA